UAUGGAGAGAACCGAGAGAUCCAAAUUCUAGGGCAUAAACUCCCAACGCCCAGGCUGACAACGUGGCGGUCGUUUCGAAAGCCCCGCACCCUAAAACUCCAUAAAUAUAACUACAUGAAAAUACAUUCAUUUCUCAUUACACUCACUAGACAACGCAGCAACUAAUAUCAGCUGCUUGGAUUACACUUUUCUCCCUCUCUUCCUUUGUUAUUGACCAGCUUUUCUCCCUUUAAUCCAUGCGAGAAAAUUUUCACAUGUUGCAGAUGGAUUCAUGAGGUAGCUUGGUUUUCUUGCUAGGCGCUAAUGUAUCAUCUUCUUAAUAGUAGUUCAAGUAGUCUAGACUUCUUGGCAAAAAGCAAGAAGCUUCAUGUAUUUUAAUGUGGUCGGACUCAAAGAGCUUCUUUUUUAAAAAUUGUGCUUCAAUGUAUGGAAAGUGGAACUAAAAUGAGAACUAAGCCUGAUGGUAGAAUAUCAAGAACACAGAACCAAAUGCAUGGCCCAUGUAUGGGGCCAAAUUGGGUUCUCAUUGCUGGUGGCGCUUUGUUAGGCAGCCUAUCAAUUAAACUUGGACACAAGUUAAAGCUGGCCCUUGAACCAAAGCAAACAACUGAUACAAGUAACAAGUCCAAAGGAGAACAUGGGAAGCCUGCUGUCAAAAAGCGGUCAGUUGUCUGCCCUUUGCAUUCCAAUUUAUAUUCUUUUAGACAGGAUGAUGACAGCUGCUGCCAUUGUCUCUCAGGUAAUCCAAAUGGCACAACCGACACAAAAAACCCAUCCCAAACCUCUGUGCCCUCUGUCCUAAAAGAUGUGGACCCAUCCCUUGGUCCCCUAGUAACAGUCCAUGAUCCCACUGCUGCCUCGAUCGACCCCAACCAUCGAGAAGUUGGCCUCCCCUUCCAGCACUCCAACAGCUCUGGUUCCCCUUGCGUGUCAGAGUCUGGCUCCUCCGACCCCUUUGGAAGACGAGAUGUUAUCCAUAGGCUUAGGCUCCAACUCAAGAGACGAGAUGAUAUGAUACUCGAAAUGCACGCUCAAAUCUCUGACCAAAACAAGGCCCUUGAAGAACGCUUAGCUUUAGUAGCCCAUAUUCAACUUCAACUUGAAUCUUCGAAUCGUGAGCUUUUUAGAGCGGAGAGAGAGAUACAAAAGCUUAGAAAAGUUAUAGCUGAUCAUUGUGCAAAUAGAGGAUCACCUGACAGUUGUGGGAGUGCUGGAAUGGUGUGGCCAGAAUCAGGCGAUGUUGCCAGAAUCCAAUGCGGAGGAGGGGUUCAAAAUGGGUUUGUUGGAGGGAAGGAGGAGGAGAAGGAUUUGGUGGAUUUAGGGUGGGGGGAUGAGGGAGAGAAGGUUGAAAUUUUAAAGAGAGAGUCUGGGGAAUUGAGGGAGAUGAUUGAUGGGAAAGAUUUCUUGUUGGAGAGUUAUAGGGAGCAGAAGAUGGAGCUGGCUACCAAGGUAAAGGAGUUGCAGUUGAGGGUCGCUUCUCAGAUUCCAAAUAUAUUGUGAUAUGGUGUGUCGCGGUUUUAAAUUUUCUCCUUUUCCCUUUGCUUUGGUCUUUAGAUUAGGGGUUCCUCUCUCUCUCAGGAUAUACACACAAAAGUGAGGUUUCGAGUUCUCUUCUGCUGUUCCAUCUCUAGGAAGGCCCAUGGUCAGGUGUGCAUUUUCUACGAAGGCCCUGGCUCUUCCUGUUUUUGUUCUGAAUAUUUUCUUCAAUUACUUUGUGGCUUUCUUGGUAUGAUCUAGAUAUCUUGUGCUGCUGAAAGUUGUAAGUGGUGCAGUUCUUAGAAUCAGAUUUGAUUGCGAGGAA